ACAAUCUGCGCAGGAGAAGUUUAAUGCCACGUCAACAACUGGACAACACACGUGUGAGGUGAUAAUACAAAGACUUAAUUUUAUAUACAGUACAUCUCCAUGGCUGAGGGUUUGAUCACAUGUUUUUGUUUUAACGGUUAAAUACUGAAUCAAACUGAGUAGCGCUUAACUUAAUGUGAAAAAUGUUUAAAUUGAAACCAUAAAUGGUUUUUAAAACAACAUGAGACGUUACAGUUAUCCACAAAGCUCGGUUGAUUGGUCAGGAGGGUGAAGAGGGUGGAGUGUGCAACAUGACAUCUGAACUGAGGUAGUAUAAACAGGAUGUGCCAGAUUCUCCUGUGGGUAAAACAUAGACUUGCUGCUGCUACUUGCUGCUCAUGGGAGUCUGUGGUAGACCUCCAUUCAACCACUGAGGGUUUUAUUUUCAUCACGCAACACCAGACUAGCAGUAUGGAGAUGUCCAGUGCAAGUGUCCUUCCCGCGUUUGGCCUGGGCUCAAUGGCCCAGUCCUCUGGACUUGUGGAGAUUGCUGUGCGGCUCUGCUUGAACCAAAGUAAACAACUGUGUCCUCACGUCUGGGUCCCCAUCCUGAAACCCCAGCGACCUUGCAUCCGUCCUCAAGUUUCAGACCAGCUCUCCUCUGACAUCUUGAGCUAUGUGACCCACCCGCUCUCAUCUUUUAUGAGUGACCUGGACGACGACGACGACGACGUCCUGCUGCCGGUCAAGAACAAACGCGUGGUUUUUGCCGACUCGCACGGACUGUCUCUGACAGCCGUGCGAGUGUUUUCCGACGAAGAGGAGCAGCCCGACCUCGACCUGCUGCCCUCGCUGCAGGGUUUGGGGAGCAUGACGGAGGAUGGCUACAGCUGCACCGUCAGCACCUGCUGCCCAGGAACACGACUCAAACUGGGUUUCCCACAGCCCUCCGCAGAUUUCCAGGCCUUCCGUGCCAAACUGGCAGAGAGCAUGGUCAUCCUGGAGAACUGCAGUAUUUCCGAACAGGCCGUCCAAGGCACCGUGCGAGUCAGGAACAUCAGCGUCCAGAAGGAUGUGCGCGUUCGCAUCACCUUUGACUCGUGGCAGAGCUACAGAGAUGUCCCGUGCACGUACCUGCAGAAGCGCUUCGGAGGCCCCGACACGGACAUCUUUGAAUUUGACAUUGCGAUCCCUAAGGUGCUGGACGCCAAACGGAAGAUAGAGUUCUGUUUAAAGUAUUUGCCAGGAGGACACAGGGAGCCUUUCUGGGACAACAACAGUGGACAGAAUUACAGCAUUGCAGUGUGCGUGAGCUCACAUCUCUGCCGCGGGAAGAAUCUGAGUGAAAGGGCAUGACAUGCCCAGCCAAGGAAUGAUCCCUAUCUAUGUGGUGCACGGCUGAAAGUGUGAUGAAUAUUUUUAUUACGUUUGCGCUGUUUGUACUUAGAAACUCUUGUUUUCAAUCAGUUAAUAAAUUCUUCGUAUAAAAAAUACUCUAAAA